AUGGGCCAACGGGCAAUAAUCAGCAUGCUGCUGAUGCUUGUCCUCAUGAUGGGGGUCAUGUUCCUGACCUAUGACCCAAUGGGCUACGCCGAACAAAGCGACGCUGAGCCGCGGGCUAUCCUUGCAACGUCCAAUGGAGGUGAUGCACCUCAGACCAUGGCUCACAAUCGAAAUCCCACGAAUGGCGUGCCCAUCAAACGCGAGUCGCGACUUUCAACGAGCCACCCCACAGCUGUGCCUCGUCGAGAGGCCGCGCUUAGCAUCUCAGACGAACUUGCCUCACUUCGCACACGGCCCGCUGCACGCGAAACGCAAGCCCCUGCUCGUGACGAAGACGACCAAGAAGCCCAUGGCGACGAUGAUGAUGAUAAUGACCAAGACGACGCGCAAGCCGGAGACGAUGCCCAGGCCGAGGGGAAUGGUGCGCGCAAUGACGAGGACGAGCCAGCCUCGCCCUCGUCUCUUGCGGGCACUACCUAUUCUUCAUCGGCGUGCCCCUUGAUUGAUUACACUGUUUCCAAGACCCCGACUGGCGUGCAGAUUCGCCUGCGACAGCCUUCAACUGACCCACUUGCCUCUGCAGCCGCCGCCGUGGUCUUUGGCACCAUGAUCACCGGCAAGGAUGCACAACACGAGUAUCUGGCGCACAAGUCGGUGCAGUCCUUUUUCAACCAGACCCACAAACUCAAGGUGUUGGUUGUUGUAAACGAUUCACCACUUUAUCGCAUCUCCGCCCGCAACUACCCUUGCCUCGUGGAAUUGCACGUGCCGCCGGGAAAACACAGCUUGGGUGAACUGCGCAACACAGGCAUCAAUGCCAUUCCCACCGACGCCUUUUGGGUACAAUGGGACGAUGACGACUGGCAUGCGCCUGAUUGCGUGGCGGCGCAGCUUCAGGAGAUGAUCAAGCAAAAGGCCGCCGUCGUUCUCAUGACCGCUCAAUAUCGCUAUUUUCUUGACAUGAACAGCAGCUACACUUUUGGCCUGCCUCGUGGCAUCAAGGGUACGCUGCUUGUCCACAAGACUGCGACAGCAGCUUCGGCACAGUACCCUGCCUUGGCCCAGCGGGAGGACUCUGUUUACCUCGCCCGCUUGCGCGAACGCAAGCUCAAGGUCGUGGCCUGGAAGAACGACCCCGGGCUAUACUUUCGACUAUUUCAUGGUGCCAACACGUGGGGGUCCCGACACUACAUGAUGCACAAACUGCCUGGCCGGCAUUGCUGGACCUUGGUUGCCUACAACCGUCAUUGCGCUCAAAUGAUCGCGCCCUCUCGCCAAGGCGUGGACAGGGAAGAAGCGCGUCGUCUCAGCAGCAGCCACCCAGUCAUUUCAAAGUCGAGCAUUGUUUUUUUCUUGUUCUCUCUCCCUCUCUCUCUCAAACUCUCAAACUCUCUCAAACUCUCUCAAACUCUCUCUCCAAACUCUCAAACUCUCUCUAUCAAACUCUCAAACUCUCUCUCUCUCUCUCUCUCUCUCUCUCUCUCUCUCUCUCUCAAACUCUCAAACUCUCAAACUCUCUCUCUCUCUCUCUCUCUCUCUCUCAAACUCUCUCAAACUCUCUCAAACUCUCUCAAACUUUCUCUCAAACUCUCUCAAACUCUCAAACUCUCAAACUCUCAGACGCUCAACUCUCAAACUCUCAAACUCUCUCAAACUCUCUCAAACUCUCUCUCCAAACUCUCAAACUCUCUCUAUCAAACUCUCAAACUCUCUCUCAAACUCUCGCUCUCAAGUCUCUCAAACUCUCUCUCUCAAGUCUCUCAGACUCUCUCUCUCUCACUCUCACUCACUCACUCUCUCUCUCUCUCUCUCAUUCUCUUUGUGCUCUCAAAGUUCAAAGUCACAGUUGACACGUCUUUCCUUUUUGGGUAA